AUGCUCGUAGAUAUAGCAGCAUGGGGACUGACGAUGGCGUUAACCAUACCCCCCAUACCAGGGAAGGCGAAUGGCAUGCCGCCAGCUGGCAUGCCAGGGAUAGGCGGGAAGGGGACAGGGGCUAGAGGGGGCAUGCCUGCAAACGGGGGAGCAGCAUCAGCAUCAGCAGGAUUGGCAUCAGGGCCUAGGGGAAAGGGCGGCAUGGGGAAUGGGAAGUUGGGGAGUGGUGGGAAGGAGGAGGGGGAGGCGGGUGGUGUUGGCGGGGAACUGGCCGGGAGCAGAGAGGGGAGUGAUGUGGCCUGA